AUGCGUUCUUUGGAUGGACGAAUGGAUGAGUUGGAGAGAAGGGAGGAAUUGUACUGGAGACAAAGAAGUAGACAAGACUGGCUCAAAAAUGGUGAUAAAAAUACAUCGUUUUUUCACACGAAAGCGAGUCAAAGAAAGUCAAGAAAUCACAUCCGAAAAAUACAAGAUGCGGCUGGAAAUACUUUUUGUGAGGAAGAGCAAAUAUCUGAAGUAUUAGUGCGCCAUUUUGAUGAUCUCUUCACAACAGGGGGUCAAUGUGAUUCGGACAGUGUGAUAAGCAAGGUGGACUCGGAAAUUUCGGCUGCUCAAGUUGCCGAGUUGGCUGCUCCUUUUGAUGGUGAGGAGGUACGGGAAGCUUUGUUCCAAAUGCACCCUACAAAAGCUCCAGGUCCCGACGAUGAUAGCUUGUUGUUUGUUCGGGCAAACGAAGAAGAAACUGAGAAAGUUCUGGAUAUUUUAUCAACCUAUGAAGCGGCGUCAGGCCAGAAACUGAAUAUGGAAAAAUCGGAGGUGUCUUUUAGCCGAAACAUUGAUCUCGAGAAGAAAAAUAUGCUUCAGAUGAAGUUGUCAUUUAAGGCUGUCGAAGGACAUGAUAAGUACUUAGGUCUUUCGACUUACAUUGGAAGUUCUAAGAAAUUUUUUUUUCAGAGUAUUCAGGAUCGGGUUUGGAAGAAGCUAAAAGGUUGGAAGGAAAAUUAUCUCUCUCAAGCAGGCCGAGAAAUUCUUAUCAAAUCAGUUGCACAAGCUAUCCCAACAUAUGCGAUGCAAUGUUUUUCUAUCCCCGUUAGCAUUCUUAAUGUGGUGGAAAAAAUGUGUAGGAGUUUCUUUUGGGGACAAAAGGGGGAGGAAAGGAAGAUGAGUUGGGUGGCGUGGGAUAAAUUGUAUCGAGCAAAAAAGCAGGGAGGUCUAGGAUUUAGAAAUAUGCGGGUGUUCAAUAAGGCUAUGCUAGCUAAACAGGCGUGGAGAUUGCUGACAAACAAGGACUCACUCAUGGCACGGGUUUUGAAGGGGAAAUAUUUCCCGAAUUCUGAUUUUUUUGGUGCUAAAGUAGUCCCGAAUAUGAGCUUCACGUGGAGAUCCAUAUUGAGUUCAAGAGAAGUGAUUGAAAGAGGAGCUUUUAAAUCAGUUGGCAAGGGUAAGAAUGUGCGCAUUUGGGAGGAUCUGUGGCUGCCUAAUCUCCCAAGUUUUAAAGUUAUAUCAACAAGGGGUGAUAGGGUUUCAGCUCCGAAUUUGGUGAAUGAAUUGUGGGAAGAUAAAAGCCGGAACUUAGAGGCUCUCUCGGAAUUGUUUACCUAA